GGCUUACAGUACUGCGCGGCCCUGACUGCAGCAGCCACCUAUUGCGCUCAUUAUCAUGGACGACCUCCGCACCACCGUGGCACGGCACGGGUUUCGCGCACGAGACAAUGCUCGAAACUAUCACAAACAACUCCUGUCGAACAAGAGCAAGUCGCCAGGUCCGAUGCAGUCCGACGACGAUGCCCUGCCCCCGAAGAACGAUCUGGCCAGGAGGAAGAGACACGGUCUUGCCCCUCCUCUCGCGGGCCCUAGCGGCUCUCACACACCCGUCGACGAGCCUGCGCAGGAUAGAGUCGCAAAGCCACAGACGAGACACAGGACGCGACCCGUCCCAGAUUUCGCGCUCACUUCGGCCUUAUCCCCGCGACUUACUCCCAAGGGCAAGAAGGAAAAGUCAAAGGAAACGCAUCGCUAUCCUCCGCGAUCGGCCAACCUUCCCUCUGAGGACGAAGACGAGGACGCCGUCGAUCCCGCGCCGCAGGCUGCCUACACUGGGCCCCUGGCCGCAGCAGAAUUCAGCAGGUUGAAAAAGGAGCUAGAAAUCCUUAGGAAGCAAACCAACGCCAAUGCCAAAUCGUUCGAUAAGCAGGCCAAGUCUGUCUUAGACCUCAAACGGGAACUCUUCACAGCGAAUAAGACUCUCAAGGAACGUAAUCUUCAAAUAGAGGAGCUCAAGUCCAAAGUGAAACAAUCGGACGAGCUCUUAAGCAGCAUCGAGAGCACUCUCCAGUGCCAAAUCUGCAUGGACACUCUCGCCAAACCCCACGCCCUCUCUCCCUGCGGACACGUCCUUUGCCAAACCUGCCUUCAAGAAUGGUUCCGCGCGGCGCCGGUAAACGAAGACGACAUGUACAUCGACGACGCCCCCUUGAUCUUCCGCAAAAAGUCCUGCCCCUGCUGUCGCGCCACAGUGCUGUCGCGCCCCCUCCCUGUUUUCCUGGUCAAAUCCCUGAUCUCGACCCUCGAUCGCGCCAAAGCGCCCGCGGGGGCCCACGAAGUGUCCCCUCCCCCCGAUCUCGACGACCCCUGGACCGACAUCUUCCCGCCCCCGCGCGGCUCCGAGUCCGAGGACUCAGAUCAAGACGACGCCGACGACGACGACGACGAUGACGAGGAGGAGGAAGGCUUCUCCGACGACCUCGAAGUCUGGGACGUGGAGGACUACGAUGAGUACGCGGACACGAGCGACGACGAGUACGAAGGCCCGUACGUCGAGCCAUUCUGGGAGCCGCCGCACCACUGGCUCGACGACCUCGCGGUUGGCGACUUCGCCGACCCGGACACGUUCCGCAUGAUCCGCCGUGGCGCGACGAGCGACAUGAUCGAUUACUAUGGCAUGCUCUACUCGCACGAGAAGGGUCUCAUCGCGCACAGCGGCGGCAUGACCAUCUACCUCGGCUUCAACAUCGACCUCAGCGAGGGCGACAUCACGGGCGAGCGCUUUAUGGACUGGCUCAUGGAGGACAUGGACAACAGGCCCGACCGCUGGAAGCUGCGUGCCGGCACGGCGACCAAGUUGGUGCGGGGCGACGAGGUGGUCGAGUACGAGACGUCGGACUCGGACGCCGACUUUGACGACGAUGACGAGGAGGAGUGAGGCGCACAGGGAGUAUAUCACUUACUGUCGCGGCGGAACGCAAUCGUUUUCCUUCUGUACUUCUUUCAUGCUAUCUGUUCUUUUUGUAUCGUCCACACUGUAUGCGUACUAUAUAAAUUAUCAUAUGUCG